AAGGAUAUAAUUUUAAAUAGAUUUGGUGGUUAAAUAUAGAUUCUUUUUUGGGGAGGGGCGGAGUUAGUGCUGUAUUCAGCGACUUCCAAAUUCUUAGGGCGAGGACGAUCUGCAUCUGCUUGACUGCCGGGACGGGCUAACGUACGCUCUUCCACCUCCGAUUACCUCACCGCACCCUCUGUACCUUCUGAGAUUCCCAGCAACGCGGACAAGACCAUUUUUUAAAGAAAAAAAGCUUUUGCCGAUGGGAGACGUGGCAAAAGAUUUGAGCUCAGGGACUGUUGGAGGGGCUGCACAAUUGAUAUGCGGUCAUCCUUUUGAUACCAUUAAGGUGAAGCUACAAAGUCAGCCUGCCCCCCUUCCCGGGCAGCCUCCAAAAUAUUUGGGUGCCAUUGAUGCUGUGAAGCAGACGAUCGCUGCAGAAGGUCCAAGGGGUUUAUACAAAGGCAUGGGGGCCCCACUUGCCACUGUGGCAGCCUUCAACGCGGUGCUAUUUACUGUUAGAGGUCAAAUGGAAGCAUUGGUGAGAUCUGAACCCGGUGUUCCCCUUACUGUGAGCCAGCAAAUCAUUUGUGGGGCAGGGGCAGGGACUGCUGUGUCCUUUCUUGCUUGCCCAACUGAAUUAAUCAAAUGCAGAUUGCAGGCACAGAGUACAGUUGGGGCCAGUGUGGCAGGAGUGAAGUAUUCCGGGCCAAUGGAUGUGGUAAGACACGUUCUGAAGUCCGAAGGAGGGGCAAGGGGACUCUUCAAGGGACUUCUUCCCACUAUGGCUCGCGAAGUGCCCGGAAAUGCAGCAAUGUUUGGCUCCUAUGAGGCCACUAAGCAGUACCUUGCCGGUGGCCAUGAUACCUCAAGCUUGGGUAGAGGCUCUUUGGUCAUAGCUGGAGGCCUAGCCGGGGCUUCCUUUUGGGCAUUCGUGUACCCAACUGAUGUCAUCAAGAGCGUACUUCAGGUUGACGAUUACAAAAACCCCAAGUUCUCUGGCUCCAUUGAUGCUUUCAGAAAGAUUCUUGCAGCCGAAGGGGUGAAGGGUCUCUACAAGGGAUUUGGACCAGCCAUGGCCAGAAGUGUUCCGGCAAACGCAGCUUGUUUCUUGGCAUAUGAGGUGACUAGGGCAAGUUUGGGAUGAUAAUAAUAGCCUUCUUACUUAUUGAUUCUUUUGAUUUUGGCUCUUAUGAAUUGCAACUCCCUAGAAAACCGGUUAGGUAAAUGGGAUGUGCUUAUUACAACCGCAAUAUGCACGUCUCAUUUGCAUAACUUGUCCUACGGUUAGGGAGUUGUGAUUCGAGUGCCCUUAAAUAAAUAAUAAUCCAUUUUUUCCUCAUUCAUUUUAUGUUGAACCAUUGUUUCAAUUGGAGAAUUUCAAGAAUUAAAAAAAAAGGAAAUAAAUACCUGUAUGUAACACAUACCUUGUGCCAAGUGGCUUAUAUCACACGUUCCAAAAGGAUUUUGUUUUUUUAAAAAAAACAUGCCUUAUUUGGUUUUAUUUCUAUUGAGUGGUUUUUGUGAUUCCGAUUCUCAUAAUUAGUUAGAAUCAAUUGGUGUUGUGCUU